UUGGGCCUGGCUCGGAUAGAGUCGGAUAUGUAGCGAUGGUAUGUAUAUCUUGAGGAGUUUGCUAAACCCAUGACGUCAUCGUCGCCUGACCCAGUCGGAGUCCCAAGUCGAGCCGCAUCGAUUCCGAAUCUCGAUCAAUGUUUGGAAUUCAACCCAAUCUGGAAAGGCACCACGCCAAAAACCACAUGAGCUUCCUCCUGACCAUCCCUCUCAUUACCGACUACACUCAACAUCCCCAUCUCCUGAACUGUUAAUCAAACCUGCUUAUCCUCAACUCCUUUCGAUUGACACUCACCUGAACAUCAGCAAGCCUUCUUAUCAACAAUCUUACUCGAAUCGGUCACAAACGCUGCAUUGGUCAAACGUAGCGUCGAUCAACCUGUGCUGUACCUCUUGCCAACUCUUACGUACCGUCGAUCAAGUCUUACAUCUCUGCAUCCAGAAUUAUCAUGUCAACUCCGAUCAGUUUUAACCAAAAAACCGUAAUUGUAACGGGUGCUGGUGGUGGUUUAGGGAAAUGUUACGCUAUAUUCUUUGCCUCCCGUGGGGCCAACGUGGUGGUAAAUGACAUGAGCAAGGACGCUGCUGAUAAAGUAGUCAGCGAAAUCAAGACAUCUGGUAAAGGAAAGGCUUUGGCGAAUUAUGAUAACGUAGUAGAGGGUCACAAAAUAGUCAAGCAAGCAGUCGAUAACUUUGGCACGGUUCAUAUCCUUAUCAACAAUGCCGGAGUUCUAAGGGACAAGUCGUUCAAGUCUAUGACAGACCAAGAGUGGGAUGUCGUCCAAGCCGUCCACGUUCAAGGGCCUUAUGCGUGUACUAAGGCUGCUUGGCCUAUCAUGAGAAAGCAAAAAUUUGGUCGAAUUAUCAAUACUGCAUCAGCUGCAGGUCUCUACGGCAAUUUCGGGCAAGCGAACUACUCGGCCGCUAAACUAUCUCAAGUCACCUUUUCUAAAACCCUGGCUCGCGAAGGAGCGAAGUACAACAUCCUUGUCAAUGCGAUAGCUCCUGUGGCAGCGUCACAAAUGACUGCUACUAUCAUGCCGCCAGAAAUGCUGAAGGAAUUGACACCCGAAGCAAUAGUCCCUCUGGUUGCAUAUUUGGUCUCUGAAGAGAACACAAAAGAAAGCGGCCAAGUAUUCGAAUCUGGGGCUGGAUGGUAUGGAAAACUUCGAAGGGAAAGAUGUCGUGGCGCUGUCUUCAAGACUGAUGAUAGCUUUACCCCGUCUGCUGUCAUGGCCAGAUUUGAUGAGAUCAAUGACUUCGAAAAUCCAACUUACCCCGAGAACAUCACAGAUGCCAACUACUUGGAGCUUUUAGAGAGAGCCAAAAAGCUUGCCUCCAACAAGCAGGCUUCUUCGCCCGUGGAAUUUCGUGGGAAGACUGUCUUGGUCACCGGAGCUGGAAACGGACUCGGCCGUGCGUACGCGCUUAUGUUUGGUAAACUUGGAGCGAAUGUUGUCGUGAAUGAUAUGAGUAAAGAAGCUUGCGAAAAGGUAGUUAAUGAAGUGAAACAAUUGGGAGCUCAGGCUGUGGCCAGUGUUUCAUCUGUGGAAGAUGGCCCGAAGGUUGUUAAUACUGCUUUAGAAAGCUUUGGAGGACUUCACGUGGUCAUCAACAACGCUGGGAUCUUGCGCGACAAAAGCUUCCACAGUAUGUCUGAUGCCGAGUGGGAUAUCGUGCUUCGUGUACACUUGCGGGGAACGUACAGUAUUUCACACGCUGCCUGGCCGAUUUUUUUGAAACAAAAGUAUGGGAGGAUCCUCAACACCACUAGUGCUGUGGGCAUUUAUGGUAACUUUGGACAGGCCAAUUACAGCACGGCUAAGGCAGGGAUCUUGGGGUUGACUCAGACUUUGGCUAUUGAGGGAAAGAAGCAUAACAUACUUUGCAACACGAUUGCACCCAAUGCUGGAACUUCAAUGACAGCCACCAUCUGGCCCGACGAGAUGGUUCAAGCUUUCAAACCCGAUUACGUAGCGCCUUUAGUGGGGUAUUUGACAAGCGAAGCCAACCGAGACACCACCGGGAAGUUGUACGAAGUCAGCGGUGGCUGGUGCGCGGCUGUGAGAUGGCAACGCUCUUUUGGGCACUCGUUCCCAGCUGGUCAAGUGAGCCCAGAAAAGCUCAAAGAGAAAUGGAACCAGAUCAUCAAAUUUGACGAGCGAGCCACGCAUCCAACGAGUACCACUGAAGCUUUGGAGCAAAUUGUGGCCAACUUCGGUGCCGAAGAAGAAUCGGAGGACUCUUCAUCCGGCGAUUCUGUUGGAGAUUACUCAGAUCCAGAAGAUUCAGAGCUUGUUGCAACUGCAAAGAAAUCUGUACCAGAAGCUAUGGAGUAUACGUUUACUGAAAAAGAUUGUAUCCUAUACAAUUUGGGAAUCGGGGCGAACGAGAAGCAAUUAAAAUAUGUCUACGAAGCUGAUGAGGAAUUCCAGGUUAUCCCAACGUUCGGGGUGAUCCCACAAUUCCCAUCUUCCAGCCAAAUGCCUGUCGACUGGCUUCCUAAUUUCAGCCCUAUGAUGCUUCUACAUGGCGAGCAGUACUUGGUGAUCAAAAAGUUUCCGAUUCCGACCUCUGGUACAUUUGUAAAUCAAACAAGGUUGAUGGAAGCAACUGACAAAGGAAAGGCGGCUGCUGUGGUUACUAUCACCCACACGUAUGACAAGGAAUCAGGUGAAUUAUUGUUUGAAAAUCAAGGCACAGUAUUCAUCCGUGGAUCUGGUGGAUUCGGAGGAAAGAAAACCUCGAGUGAUCGAGGUGCAGCAUCGGCUCCCAAUAAGCCACCCAAUCGAAAACCAGAUGCAGUCAUCGCUGAGAAGACAGAAGCAAAGCAAGCUGCCUUAUAUCGUUUGAAUGGCGACUUCAAUCCGUUACACAUUGACCCUUCGUUUUCUGCAGUCGGUGGAUUCGAAAACCCCAUCUUACACGGGCUCUGCUUCUUUGGUAUUUCGGGUAAACAUGUAUACGAAAAGUUUGGACCUUUCAAGGACAUCAAGGUCCGAUUUGUAGGCUCAGUGUAUCCUGGCGAGACUGUUGAAACCCUAUAUAUGGAAAGAGGGAAAUAAAGUAAUCUUUG